CUAGUCGUUAUAUUUAUGAUCGGAUCACGUUAUUUCUUGGCCUCUCUUCCCAUACAGUUCGGGGUUGAUAUGAAGUGCAGGUAUUAUAUAAGAGGAAACCCGUGCAGCUCGUCGCUAGCCCUGAUAUCGACGAUGAAUCUCAGGAGGUGUGUCUCAAUUUAUCCAUUGAGGGGAGGCCGAAAUUUGGUUGUAGGCUUACAUCUUUAACACUCUUCAGGUUUGGCAAAUUUCGCAGACCGGAGAGGUUUUUGUCGACUAUCAGAGUUAUUUGGAUAGGUAUGUAAUGAUCGUUUGCCCCGGAUCCCUCCCGAAUGGCUACGCUAAAGAUUCCUAAGGCUCGAUUUUUACAAAACGGUAAGGCAUUUAGUAGAAUCUGAUGUCACAUGUUUGUUCGGAGGUGUUUGGACACAUUUGCGACUGCAUGGCUGACUUUGUCCAUAAAGAAGCAGUUUAGUUGCGAGAUUACGGGUCACAUGAAUCUCAGCUUCUUUGAAGCGUUGAUAAGUGAAGUAAGCACCUCGCCUGGUGAGAGUAAAGGCCGUGUCAGAGGGGUCUUACGGAAAGUGCAGACAAAUAGUUCGCUAGAUGUCGAUCAGACAUUCCCUGAGGCCCUUAAAGACCCUGUUCUCAGGAAAGUACAAUUUUCGACGGUGUCGAGAAUUGAUACGCUAGGUAAGAUGGAAAUUCGAGGGUUGUUAUGUGCAAUUUGCUAACACUUCAUAUAAAGUUGACCAAUUGCACGACGUACGUUACCUCACAAUGGGUCUAUCGCCUCUUCGUUUUACUAAUUUUUUUUUUUUUUUUUACCUUAGUCAUUCAAGAGCGACUUUUAUCCUGGCGAGCAUGUUACAGCGAUACUACCCAAUGGUGAUCGGGUAGAGGCAUUGGUACGCGAAAAGACAAUGUUUCCUGAGUUGCGAUAUGCUAGCGGUGACAUUCAGCGGAAGGGCUUCUCCCGCUACACCGUCAAACUUAUCAAUAGAAAUGAUGAGGAAGCACAAGUCGACAAUGAACAUCUCGUACGGGACAAGAAGUCCUUCACGAAGGCCAUGUUGCGCUCCUUUAUUAAGAAUACCGUGUCAAGAGAGCCAUGGAAUGGGGCACCUUGGCUGGUGAAGGAGGAGUUUGCGAACAAAUACAAGAUUCCGCAAACCGUUCCUCCGCACCUGCAAAGGGCUUCUACUGCAGCAGAGAGGAAGGCAAAGGCUUUGGCACAAAAGAGGGAGCAGGGAUUAGUUGUUGCUUCCGUGGCCAACAGCAGCUCUGCUCCUUCGACCCCAGUCGAGAUCAAACCGACACCAAAGUCCCACAAGAGCAAGAGUCACCAAGCCGCCAUGAAAGUCACCAAGAUAACGCAGCUUGAUCGUGAACCAGGAACCACAUCGAACAGUGCCCGAGCCUCCCCCUGGAGCAGCCCAACUGGAACCCCCGAGGCUGGGAUGGCAAAAAUCAAUUCCAAGGCUGCGGCCAAGGAAGAUACACCCCCACCACCGCCUCCUCCGCCCAAGCCUAUCAAAUAUCCGAUUGAGGAUUUGGAUCUCCUGUACCAGGAAGGCCCUCGCAGACCCAAGCUCCACUUUCUCUCGCAACUUCCCAUAUCCGUCAAACCCGAGCCUCCUGCUGUUGAUACGGUCCGGAGAGUUUCUAGGUCAUUGACGAGGUCGUCUUUGGUUUCCUCGGCUUCACCCGUGCCAAUGAACAAUGGUAUCGACGAGGGAAAAGUUAGUUUCUUUCUCAGUACUUGGGUCUUUCUUAAUAUUUACUGCGAGCCCUUGCUCUUGGAUUCCUUCACCUUUGACGAUUACCUUCAAGCCUUGCAGUUCAGUAGUGACGAGAUUGACUGCGAUUUAUUUGUGGAGAUUCAUUGUGCACUUCUCAAGGCGAUUGUAAACGAGCAAGGGGUUAUCCAAGCACAGCUACCCGAUCCGGAGGAGGACGAUGAAGAAGAGGAGGAGGAGGAGAGUGACGAGGAAGAGGAUGGGAGUUCGACUGGUUCGGCCGAAGAUACUGUCAGGGUGAAUGGUGACAGGAUGGAAACUGAGGAUGAUGGGGAGAAAUCAAGAGCGAAGUCCGAGGAUAGAGAGAAAUCCCAUCGGGCCGACGAACUAUUUGAGGAUAGUGAUGGUUGGAUUCAGCGUCUGAAAGCGAGGGAUUUCAAGAAUGGGGGAUGGCAGGCUAUUGUCGUUGGUGUGCUCUACAGACUUUCGGUCGACGAUCGCUAUGCUAAGGAUUGUGAGGAAAUUUUGAAACAUUUGACGCCUGUGGGUGAGGAACCAGCACCUGAGAGCGUCCGACGGCGAUACCUGACGUUGGAUAUCAACUUGAGAGCUAUGGUUUUGCAUUUGCUCUCUAGGCUGACGCACGAGACAAGAUCGGUUAGGGAUUACAUGGAGGAAUGUUCUGAAGAGAUGACAAAGCAUAGGAAGGAUAAAAUCGAAGUGCAAAGGACCAGGCGGGACUUGUAUGGAAACGUUUGGCCAUUUUUUCCCUCUGCUCACUGAGCUAAUCGCUUGGUUUAGGAUUUCUGAACUGAAGAUGCUUGACGACGAGAGGAAGAUACUUCUUCCCGAGAAUACGCCCAGGUCGCCCUCACCUGCUGCAGCGUCGCGGCAGACAUCAACUGACGCGGAUGGCGAUUCAAAGAUGACUGGAGCAGACGAGGAAGACUUGGAUGGUGAUGAUGACGAAGAUGGUGACGAUACCGAUCGCGGUAGAUCCCUGAGACGGGGAGGCGAGCGUGCGAACGAGCGCAAGCGAAAACGUGAGGCCGAAAAAGAGAAGGCGGACGCAGCGGCCAAACUUCCCAAAACUUCGAAACAAUUCCAAAAAGUGUUGAAAACGAUUGAAUCGGUGAAAGCCAAGAUUGCUAAGCAGGAGGAAAAAAUUGCAUCAUUUGACGAAGACCUCAGGCAAGCUGAUUGUGCAAGGUUCAGGAUGAUGGGGAGAGAUCGAUUCUGGAACAGAUACUGGUGGUUUGAGAGAAAUGGGAUGCCGUUCGGCGGCUUGCCCCAGUCAUCUACCGCGUAUGCUGGAUACGCGAAUGCAAUGAUAUGGGUGCAAGGACCUGACCCUAGUGAGAGAGAGGGCUUCCUGGUUGAAGAGGCGGGGACGAAGUGGGCAUCUGAGGAGGGGAGUGAUAUGAGGAUGAAAAUGAAUGGCUCCAAAGACGAGAGAAUGACCGUGCUUGAACGCCAAGCAUUGGAGGAGAGCUCGACCACACUCACGUCACCGACCCAAUACGGAUAUAUUGACACGGUCGAAGAAUUUGAGCAAGUGUUGUCCUGGCUCGAUAUCAAGGGCGUCAGGGAGAAAAAACUGAAGCAACAAUUUGAGGAGUAUAGAAAGCAUAUCGAAGAGGGUAUGGUUAAUCGUAAAAAGUAUCUCGCCGGGGAAAGUGAAGGUUCCCCCGAAAAGGAAGCCGGCCCCACAAGAAUGAAUACUCGUGGCAAGGCACAGAUCGAUCCCGGUGUUUGGAGAUGCCUCAACUGGGCCAACGAAACCAUGCUCGACGAGCACGGUCAUACACAUUUUGAACAACCUCUGCCGAGAAAAUCCGGCAAGAAGAAGGGAGGUGCUCAAGAUAAAGGAGUGCCGGUCAACAGGCAGGGAAAGCCGGUCAGCAGGCAGGGGGAUCGCUAUAAUUUCUGAACGCAUCAUGAUAUUUUUUGUUUUUGUUUAAAAUUUGGCUCUUACAGGAAUUGCUGAAUUCGAUGCCAGGUGUGGUGGAUGGUGGCACUUUUGUUUUUUCUUGAGUUUAUCUUCUGUCGGCGCAAGGUCUUUUUCUUUUCUUUUUCUGUUCUUUUGCUUGCUAGGUUCUUUCUAUUCCUUUUGUGGGUGUUUGCAUUGCGGUUUUAUCCCCCCUGGUGCUGAAAUUUAUUAUUAUAUCAGAUUCUUAUACCUUUUGUUGUCUUUCAUUUAUUCCACUUCUUUUCUUUCUUGUUUUUUUCUUUUCUUUUUUCUCAUCAAUACCGUGAUUUAAUCAUUGGCGGUAAAUGAGACUGCAAGAUGAGCCGAAGCUUUAAAGCAGAUGAUUUCCACUCUUCCCCCCCCUCUCGCAUUCACACCCAAUUAACUUACCAUUCCUUGUAACUUUUUUUUUCGUUUUGUUUGGCUCUAUCGUAUCAUACCGUAUCUUAUAUAGAGUAGGUCGGAUUGGAAUUCUUUAGCGGGGGAUACCAUGCUACGAAGUUUUUGGGAGUUUAUACUAGAUACAUUAUUUUGCUCUCGCUGUCAGAAGCAGAAAACAAAUAAAGAUAAAUGAAAGAAAAAGAGAAAAAGAGAGAGAGAAGGGUAAAAAGUAUUUUUUUUAUAUUUAUUUUUAUAAUUUCCCGUCCCCUACACGAUAUAAUAUCGUACGUACCGUGCGUGCGGGCCUGUAUGUUUUGUUCUUUCCUGAGGCAGGAGCUUUGGCAUUGUAGUGGCCCAUAUAUUCCCGCAUCUUGACAGAUGAAGGAGUUUUGCGCUCCGUGGGUGAAGAUGGAUGUAACAAUCAUACCGGUAGACCGUCCCAUCAUAUCACUUCGUACGGUAAAAUGGCAGACUAUGGCAAUAUCGUAUAGUUCAAGCAUACCAAGAACCCUU